AUGGCAUGGUUGAAGCAUGCCGGCUUAAAUAUUGGAGACAAUCUACAAUUUAAUCCUUAUACUACAAAAUUUAAUAAAUGUACUUUUUGUAAAGCAAAUUAUUCAUCAGCCGGUAGUACUUAUUAUCAAGGUUGUUCCUAUAAACGUGGUAUAUGUUCAAUGUGCGGUGUUAAAAUAUUACGAACAAAAAAUUAUCGACACUCAUCGGUUGAACAAAAAAUUUUCCGUUUUGGACAUACUGUUUUGGUUCUCCUCUAA